GCCCCGCCCUCACACCGUCCUCCUCGAUCUGCGCGGCUUCCUGCCUCCAUGCCACUCCAGACUGCACCGGCAUGGCACUGACUGCCCACCCCUCCUGCCUCCUGGCCCUGUUGGUGGCAGGCCUAGCCCAAGGCAUCAGAGGCCCCCUUAGGGCCCAGGACCUAGGUCCCCAGCCGCUAGAGCUGAAAGAGGCCUUCAAGUUGUUCCAGAUCCAGUUCAACCGGAGUUACCUGAGCCCAGAAGAGCAUGCUCACCGCCUGGACAUCUUUGCCCACAACCUGGCCCAGGCUCAGAGGCUGCAGGAGGAGGACUUGGGCACAGCUGAGUUUGGGGUGACUCCAUUCAGUGACCUCACAGAGGAGGAGUUUGGCCAGCUCUACGGCUAUCGGAGGGCAGCUGGAGGGGUCCCCAGCAUGGGCAGAGAAAUAAGGUCUGAAGAGCCAGAGGAGUCAGUACCUUUCAGCUGUGACUGGCGGAAGGUGGCCGGCGCCAUCUCACCCAUCAAGGACCAGAAAAACUGCAACUGCUGCUGGGCCAUGGCAGCGGCAGGCAACAUAGAGACCCUGUGGCGCAUCAGUUUCUGGGAUUUUGUGGACGUCUCCGUGCAGGAACUGCUGGACUGUAGCCGCUGUGGGGAUGGCUGCCAAGGUGGCUUCGUCUGGGACGCGUUCAUAACUGUCCUCAACAACAGCGGCCUAGCCAGUGAAAAGGACUACCCGUUCCAGGGCAAAGUCAGAGCCCACAGGUGCCACCCCAAGAAGUACCAGAAGGUGGCCUGGAUCCAGGACUUCAUCAUGCUGCAGAACAACGAGCACAGAAUUGCGCAGUACCUGGCCACUUAUGGCCCCAUCACCGUGACCAUCAACAUGAAGCCCCUUCGGCUAUACCGGAAAGGUGUGAUCAAGGCCACACCCACCACCUGUGACCCCCAGCUUGUGGACCACUCUGUCCUGCUGGUGGGUUUUGGCAGCGUCAAGUCAGAGGAGGGGAUAUGGGCAGAGAGAGUCUCAUCGCAGUCUCAGCCUCAGCCUCCACACCCCACCCCAUACUGGAUCCUGAAGAACUCCUGGGGGGCCCAAUGGGGAGAGAAGGGCUAUUUCCGGCUGCACCGAGGGAGCAAUACCUGUGGCAUCACCAAGUUCCCGCUCACUGCCCGUGUGCAGAAACCGGAUAUGAAGCCCCGAGUCUCCUGCCCUCCCUGAACCCACCUGGCCCCCUCAGCUCUGUCCUGUUAGGCCAACUGCCUCCUUGCCAGCCCCACCCCCAGGUUUUUGCCCAUCCUCCCAAUCUCAAUACAGCCUGAAUAAACCAAGACAAGACCUCUGG